AUGUCUGUUGUCUAUGAUUUUACCGGAAAAGUAGUUUUGAUAACCGGUUCGAGUGCUGGUAUGGGUGAAGGUAUUGCACUUUUAUUUGCCAAAUCGGGGGCCAAUGUUGUGAUCACCGGACGUAAUGCUGAACGUGUGGCCAAAGUGGCCAAACAGUGUACAGAUGUGUCACCGAAACAGUUGACUGCACUGGAAGUUGUCGGUAAUCUGACUAAUAAAGAGGACUGCAAUCGACUCAUUGAGACAACUGUCCAAACGUUUGGCAAAAUUGAUGUAUUGGUCAACAAUGCGGGCAUCGAUUGUUUAGUAGAAAUUACUGAUGAAUGUUAUUAUGAAAAGUUUUUAACAACAAUUAAUACUAAUCUUAAUAUUGCUGUAUAUAUGACACACAAAUGUGUCCCAUAUUUGGCCAAAACUCGGGGCAAUAUUAUCAAUAUUGCCACUAUUGGAGCUAAACGUGCGAGUUCGGACUCUUCGCCAUACAAUAUAUCAAAGGCGGCGUUAAUUAUGUUUACCAAAUGUAUGGCCGCAGAGUUGGGACCCAAACAUCAUAUCAGAGUCAAUGUUGUUAAUCCGGGUAUAACAUUGACUGACUUUGAAUGCGAGUCAAUGGGAUUUAAUCGUGAAGAAAGCGAUAGAAAGCUGACGGCUAUCGGAAUCCAAUUACCAGUUGGACGGGUAGGUCAAGUGUCGGAUACGGCAUCAAUAGUCGGAUAUCUGGCCAGCAAUGCGGCCGAGUUUAUUACGGGCAGUGAGUAUGUGGCCGAUGGCGGUCAACUGGUUGGCAAUGUUUUUGACUCUAAUACAGAUUAUUGA